UCGAGCAUCACAACUGUUAAAAGAUUUAAUCGCUAAGUGCCGAGAUGCUGAUUUUAAACAAAGACCAACUGCCACUCGAGGAUCUGAGGAAUCUGACAUUAAAAAAUCAAUUAACUGCUUUAAAACUUGGCUUCGAAGUAACGAUAAAAAA